GAUCAUGAACAUGAUCAUGGAGGAUUGGAUAAAAUUGAAAAAUGCUGAAGAGAGAAGUAUAAUGAUCCAGAGAGCCCGGUGUGCACGUAUAAUUAUUACAUUCGCAUACUGCAUGAUGGGAAUAGGAUGCUUUUUUCUUAUCGUUCUACCUAGUUUUGGAAUAUCAAUGAGAGACACCACCAACGUUACUGACCCAGGCAAACCAAUGCCCCUACAAACUCAUUACAUUUACGAUGUAACAAAAAGUCCACUGUACGAACUGACAUUUAUUAGUCAAUCUGUUUAUAUCAUUAUUGCCAUGAUGUCCUAUAGUGGAAUCGAUAAUUUUCUCGGGUUGUUGGUUUUCCAUAUAUGUGGUCAAUUAGAUAUUCUGAAGAACCGUUUAACAAGUUUGGAUAAAUGUAAAAAUGCUCACAAAAUACUAAACAGUUGUAUAACAAGACACAUACGCUUACUUAGAGUCAUUGACAUUAUUGAAGAUACAUAUAAUGUAAUACUUCUCUUUUUAUUCGUAUAUUUUGCGAUUCUUUUCGCUUUUUAUGGUUUUCGAAUAAUUGCUCUAUUCGACGAAGGAAAUGAUUUAUCAUUCACACAUUUGGUUUUCUUUAUAUCUACAUUUUUAAAUUUAUUUGCACAUAUGUGUCUAUAUUGUGCUCUUGGCGAGUUUUUAAUAGCCCAAUGUAAUGAAAUAUAUUAUGCAGCCUACAGUAAUGAAUGGUACUCCGUGGAUCCAAAAAUUACACAAGAUUUAUUGUUUUUGCUAAUAAGAGGUGCUAAACCGAUCUAUCUCACCGCUGGAAAAAUGUUCCCCAUGACAAUGACGACAUUUUGCAGUUUAAUAAAAACAUCAGUCGGAUAUAUAUCUGUUUUGCAUACAACGAGAAAUUAUUAG